AUGAUCUCCAUGAUCACUAAGGGCUGCCCGGGGGAGGUGACCUGCCUGGACGAGGCUCGGCACGGCUUUGAGAGCGGGGACUUCGUCUCCUUCACGGAGGUGGAUGGCAUGAAGGAGCUCAACCACUGCCCCCCCAUGGAGAUCAAAGUGCUGGGGCCCUACACCUUCAGCAUCGGCGACACCAGCAGCUUCUCCGAGUACGUGCGGGGGGGCAUCGUCUCCCAGGUCAAGAUGCCCCAGAAGAUCAGCUUUAAGCCCCUGAGCGUGGCGCUGGCCGAGCCCGACUUCGUGGUGACCGACUUCGGGAAGUUCGAGCACCCGGCCCAUCUGCACCUGGCCUUCCAGGCCCUGCACGACUUCCAGCGCCAGCACCAGCGCCUGCCCCGGCCCCGCAGCGAGGUAGGGCCUGGCCUCUGGCGAGCCAGUGACGGACUGACGG